UUUCCUUCGUCGCUGCUUCGAAGAUUUUGCCGAAGCCUAUAAAUAUAUGUCAUCCAUGCCUGAAUUGACCAACCAUCCAAACUCGAGAAAAUCCGAAAGUUUUCCAAUCUCGAAUCGAAAUGGAAAUCAACAAUUCGGCACAGUACGGUCGUGUGUUGAGUUACUUCGACGAAGAUGGAGACGGCAAGAUCUCGCCGUCGGAGCUGAGGAAUCGGGUCGGAUUGAUGGGCGGAGAGCUGCUGCUGGGGGAGGCGGAGAUGGCGGUGCAGUCGCUCGACUCGGACGGCGAUGGGUUGCUGUGCGCGGGCGAUUUCGAACGGCUUCUGGACGUGGGGGAGGAGGAGAAAUUGAAUGAUUUGAAAGAGGCGUUUGGUCUGUACGAUUGCGAAGGUUGCGGGUUCAUAACUCCGAAGAGCUUGAAGAGAAUGCUGAGAAAAUUGGGGGAAUCGAAGUCCACAGCAGAGUGCAAGUUGAUGAUCGGUCAGUUUGAUUUGAAUGGGGAUGGUUUGAUUAGCUUUGAGGAGUUUCAGAUAAUGAUGGCGUAACGGUGUAUAUAUAAACACAAUUCUUUGUUCAUUGUUUGUAUUAUAAUUUCAUUCUUCAAUUGGUUUGAUUUGUUGAGAUAUUGUUAUCAUUAUUAUAUAUAAAUGAAUAACCGAAUUGUAUAU